CGCAUGACUUUCGUGUUCACCCGCUACGUCUUCUGCGAUAUCUACACCCGAUAUUAAACGAUUCAUACUCGACCUGCCUACAUUGUUAGCAUUUAUCUCUCUCUCAGCUGAAAUCUCCUAGGAACUCUACGUGUGCGAUCAGGAUGGAAGGCAAUCUGCCGCAACAGCAGUGCCACCCUGUAACCACGGCAAUCGAGAAAGAUGACCUCGUGAUUCCAAUCAUCGACUUCGGGCCCUUCCUGCACGGAACCCCCGCCGACAAACAUGAAGUCGCCAUGUCGGUCGUGCACGCCUUCAAGACCUCCGGGUUCCUCUAUCUCAGCAAUCACGGCGUGCCCCCAUCCGUGGUUAGCCACGUCUUUGGCACCUCCGCCCGGUUCUUCGCGCGGCCCCAGGAUCAGAAAGACAGCCUGUGCUGGACGACCCCACAAGCGAACCGUGGGUACGUGAAGACGGGCCAAGAGAAGCUCAGCACCGUGGAGGAGGUCGACGAUGACGUCGCCGCCGCGUCGCGCAGCAGCAUCCCCGACCUCAAAGAGACGAUGGAGAUCGGCCGGGAAGGCGUGGAGGGGCUCCCGAAUCGCUGGCCCGAGCAUCUCGACGACCAGGGGAAGGAGUUCAAGGCGGUGAUGCUGUCGUUCUUCGAGAUGUGCAAGGCGCUGCACACCGAGGUCAUGCGGGCCAUCGCGCUGGGCAUGCACCUGCCGGAGCACUACUUCGACCCGUUCGUCGACGCCGGCGACAACAACCUCCGCCUGCUGCACUACCCGGCCGUCGACAAGCGCGUCUUCCGCCACAACCCCCUGCAGGUCCGCGCCGGCGAGCACACCGACUACGGCUCCAUCACCCUGCUCUUCCAGGACGGCCGCGGCGGCCUCCAGGUCCGCAGCCCCCGCGGCACCUUCGUCGACGCCACCCCCAUCGCCGAUACCGUGGUCGUCAACGCCGGCGACCUGCUGGCCCGCUGGUCCAAUGACACGAUCAAGAGCACGAGGCAUCGCGUCGUCGAGCCUCCCAAGGUCGUCGACGAAGACGAGAAUGACGACGAGGACGGCUCCGGCGUGUAUCCGGACCGUUACAGCAUCGCGUACUUCUGUAACCCCAAUAAUGACCAGAUGAUCGAGGCCAUCCCCGGAACCUACGGAGAGGAUGUCCGCCCGCUCAAGUACUCUGGGAUCACCGCUGGAGACUACCUCGUGCAGCGACUGACCGCAACCUACUAAUAUUUCUCAUCAUGAUGACACUGGGCGUUCGGAAGGAGUAUUGGAUCUUUGGCUUUCCCAUCAGUUUGACAUCGUAACACCGUUCAGCAGGAUGAUAAAUACCGCAUCGUUGCAUUGGACGUUUUGAACGGA